UCCUCAGUUAGUUCCUGACCUGUGCUGUGUAACGACGUCACUCUGUCUCAUUCCCCCCAGCUUUACUUGCGGUCUAUGAGGGAUUUCGCUGUGAAAAUCGAGGGAUUAUGUCUGACUUUAUUACUAAGUUCAGUGUUUGUAAACGGAGGGGCGCGAGGCUUAGGCCAAGACAGCAGUCUAGGCAUAGGCCUCCGGAAGUGUGAAAGGAUAACCAUACCCAUGUGCAUGGAAAUGCCCUACAAUACAACCAGGAUGCCUAACUUUCUUGGGCAUUUCAGCCAGGCAGAAGCGGCCAUUCAAGUCCAUGAAUUCAUGCCAUUAGUGGACAUUGGUUGCAGCCACUUCUUGCGGUUCUUCUUGUGCUCCCUUUAUGCCCCCAUGUGUACCCCUGUUGUGGGCACUGCCAUCCCUUCAUGUCGGUCUAUUUGCCUAGAGGUUAAGUCCAAGUGCCUGCCAGUCCUGCGGUCUUUCAACUUUUCAUGGCCGGCAGCUCUAGAAUGUUCCCGUUUGCCAACGCCCGGGGGUGCUGAUGGGUUAUGUAUGGAGUAUCCCAACAUCACAUCCCCUGAGCCAUUGCCUCCCCCUGUCAGAGAUAGGCCCUACUCUGGGAGCUCAAUCCGUGUAACCCCAGCUCCACCACGUGUGCAACAGGAAUCCACUUGUCCUCAUCGGCAAACUUGGGUUGCCACCAAAGAAGGUGGUGUGUGCGCCCCUAAAUGUGGAAAGGACGUCUUCUUCAGAGAUGCAGACAAACAGUUUGCCGAGGUAUGGUUGCUGGUAUGGGCUGGGCUUUGCUUCCUGUCAACACUUUUCACAGUACUGACAUUCUGGCUUGAACCUGCGAGAUUCAGAUAUCCAGAGAGAACUAUAAUUUGCCUCUCACUCUGCUAUUUGCUCUAUUGCCUUGCAUAUCUUGCCAGGCUUGUUGUACCAGCUGAAGUGUUGUCUUGUGAAACAUCUCCAAAUGGAAUUUCACAUCUUGCAGUUGAAGGUUUGCAUUCGUCAGGGUGUAUCAUUACAUUCAUUUUACAGUAUUACUUUGGUAUGGCAUCAGGCAUUUGGUGGGUGGUCUUAACUUUCACUUGGUUCCUCUCUGCGGGCAAGAAAUGGUCUUCAGAAGCUCUACAAGCUUAUGCUUCGUACUUCCAUGCGGCAGCCUGGGGAUUACCAGCUAUAUCCACUAUACUUAUCUUGACAUUGAAGCAGGUUGAUGGUGAUGAGCUCAUUGGCCUGUGCUAUGUUGGAAAUGUAAAUAAUUGGGCCCACAUGGGAUUUGUCAUUGCACCUCUUACUUCAUUAUUAGUAUUGGGUACUUUCUUCAUUGUCUUUGGGUUCAUAGCAUUGUUUAGAAUUCGGAAAGAAAUUAAGAAUGAAGCAGAUGGAACCCAUAACAACUCAGGUUCAUCACCACCACUAAGUGCUACAUCUUACCAAAUGGCUACAAAUGUAAACAAACUUGAAAAGCUAAUGGUACGCAUAGGUGUAUUUUCUGUGCUGUAUACUGUCCCUGCUCUGUGUGUUAUUGCGUGCAACGUUUAUGAAUAUCUGAACCACCAGCGGUGGCAUAUGCUGGCCUCUUAUGCAGCUGUAGAAUGUAGUUCUGGGGUACACCACUCGGGGAUUAAUCGACAGAAGUAUCCCACCAGCCUACGAUACAGUGCGAGUAAGUGCACAUUAGAACAGAGCAUACCCUCUGUGGAGAUCUUCAUGUUGAAGAUAUUCAUGUCCUUAGUCGUUGGUAUUACGUCUGGAAUGUGGAUUUGGUCAUCAAAAACGGUAUUACUGUGGCAAAAAUUCUUCUUGGGUCUAUGUGGUCAGCGUCGAAACUUAAGAAAGAAAGAUGGCCAUGUGUAUCACUUACCAAACCAGGUGCCAACUAUAGUGAAGUCUACCAAUGGUUGCCAAGAAUAUAAUCCUACAAGUCAGGAUCAUCUAUCGCAGGCAUCAGGCUAUCCAGUAAACCAUCCCAGCAGAUCCCAUCAUCCUGUCGGUGUGCAUUUAUCCCAGCUUUAAGACCAUAUGUAUGUUGAUUGUUAUUGAAGAUUAUUUUUAAUAUGAUUAUAAAUCAUGAUUUUUUUUUUGUAGUUUUAUGGGAGACUUGCCAGUGAAAUGGCAGUUGUACCUUCAAAAACCCUAUAGAGCUGAAACUUGCCUGGUUUGGCAUUAGGGAAAUUGACAAGCUGGAGCUGCUGUAAAGAGUACCAGUGGAUAUUUUUUAAAUGCAAGUUACAUAGCCUAGAAAGCUAGUAUAUGGUUUUCAAAUGGUAUGUAAGGUCAUUAGUUGUAAGUAAUAGUGUAAUGGAAGACAGUUUAUCGACAAGAAACACAUGUUUUGAUCUGGAUUUUUAUAAGGAAGAGUUUUUCAGAUUUUCCAUCCUAUUUGUAGGAAAUUUAGAAUAUUAAAAAUGUCAUACAUGUAAGGCAAGAUUUGACACAGCAAAUAUACAUGUUCGAGUCAUAUUGCUGGUUAAUUUGCACUGUUGUUGAUAAUACGUAUUGUACUUGAGUACCUGUAUACCUGACUUACAGAAAAACAAGGGAUGACUUAAUACUGUAAAAUGAAGUCUUAUCUAAGAUUACAUAUCUUAUUCUAAGAUAUGUAAUUCUUCUAAGUACAGGUAUUGAUAUUUUUAUUACUUAUUGUUUUUCUAGUACAGUAUCCAAAUUUCCUAUGAUUCCACUGAGAUGUCAGCACAUAACUGAACAACUUGAAGUGGUUACGACCUAGAAACACAUGGCAAUUUAGUCUCCAAGGGUUACCAUAAUUUAGUCCUCAUAAAAAGCAAGUGAGAUGUAGAUACAUUGUUCUUACUUUUUAUCUAAAUUGAAAAAAUAAAUCUAAUUGUGUAUGACAUGACCAAUAGAUUUUGGAAAAAUAUUAUCCCAGGUAGCAGAAAUCAGGUUCAAAUGUUGAUAAAUACAAGUGUUCUGCAAAUGACGUGCACCACAGAGACAGUCAAAAUCAGAUUAACAAAUUAAAUGUCGAAUGUUGGACAGUAAACCCUGUGUAUAAAUAAAAUCUUAGUAAUUUUGAAAUGCAGAAGAAAACAUUAAAAUGGGGUACAUAUUUUAACAAACCAUUCUUAAUGUGUAAUUGAAUAAAGGUUCUAUUAAAAAUUUUGAUCAGGAGCUGACUUCUUUGUAAAAUUAAUUAAACAUUUCUUUUAAGAUUUUUAUGAAGUUUAGAACAAAGUGAGAGUUCAUGGAAUUUUGACAUUCAAACAUUUCUAGAUAUUUGAGGUUUGUGUGAAGUGUUAAACAACAGCUCAGAAUUGUUUGUGAGACUAUAAAUUUGUAAGGUUUUUUAUUAAUAUGAACAAAAAUGUAACAUCUUGACUACUUGCAAAACAUCAACUCAAGAUUCAAAUGGUAAAAAAGAAUUAGUAAUUUUUUAGUCUCUAUGAAGACUACUGGAGUUCCAUGAAACCUAAAUGUAUGUUGAAAACUUAGAAAUAAAUGGUUUUGUUUGGCUUUACUAUACAUUUAAUUGCUUGUCAUAUUCUGCUAAAUUUUCGGGAAUAAUUUGUACAUGUAAAUAAAUUUUGUUAAAUCAGUAUUACUCUAUGAAAACGUACUGACAGAUCUCACUUCCAGUUCAAGGUUUAGUGGUUUAAUUGCACAACAUAUUUUCAGCAUACCACUAACUGGUUCUUGACCUCAAAGCAUGUAUGUUGUAUAUAAUGUAUAUCCCUAGCUGUUGAAUAGACAGUGUUAGGUGUCCUUUAUGUAUAUUUUUGUACAUAUUAGUUGUAAACUAAAAUAUAUAUGCUAUAUACAAUGGAAAUUUCAUUCACCUCCAGACGUACAAAGCAAAUUUCAAACAAAAGUGAAGUAACUGUAGUGGAGGUGUACAUGGAGUUAAAUCUGCAAUUCUGUUUUCAAAUACAAAAUGGCAAUUAGAUGAAAAAUUCAUUGUUUUACAGUGAUACAAACCUUCACUUUUCAUUUGUUAUUUUUGUUACUAUAGACAUAUAAGCCUACAGGGUUUUAACAGUUAAUAUUCAUACGGCUAGUGGAAAUUUAUAAAUUGUACAAUGUUGGAAAAUAUAUGUAAAAUAAA